AUGACCAAAAAAAAGAUAAAUAAAAAUGAAAGUGUAAAUCAAAGUUAUACUAGUAAUAGCAAUAGUAAUGGAAAAAUCAAUAUAGCAGAUUAUUUAUUUGGAAUAUUUUUAUUUAUUGUAAUGUUAUUCCACUUGGUAAUUUGUCCAUUCACCAAAGUUGAGGAAAGUUUUAAUUUACAAGCUAUACAUGAUAUUAUACAUCAUGGUAUAUCAAAUGAUAGAGAGCAAUUGGCAAGUUAUGACCAUUUAGAAUUUCCAGGUGUUAUCCCAAGAACAUUCAUUGGAUCAUUAUUAGUUUCUGCUGUAACAGUACCAAUAAAGAAGUUUUUUGAAGCAGUUAUAAGUGAUCCAGAACAUCAAUAUUCAAAACUAUUAGAUUUGUUCAUUUGUAGAGGUGUUUUAGGUUUAUUUACAAGUAUCGCAUUGUUCAAAUUUCAAAGGGCAAUUUCAUGGAAGUUUGGCAGGGUUACAGGUUAUUGGUUUUCGUUGAUUACUUUGACACAAUUUCAUUUAAUGUUUUACAUGACUCGUACACUACCAAAUACAUUUGCAAUGGUACCUGUAUUGUUUGCAUUGGCUAAUUGGCUUAGAGAUAAAACAGGUCCAAUGGUUGUAUGGCUCACUAUUGCCAUCUUUAUUUUUAGAAGUGAGGUAUUGGUAUUAGCAGGUCCAAUCGUUCUAUGUUGUUUAGUCGUUCAAAGAAACUUGUCUUUUGGUAAAUUUAUACUCUUGGGAAUUGUAACUGCAGUUCUUUCAGUGGCCACCAGUGUUGGUAUCGAUAGUUAUUUCUGGCGUAGAUGGCUAUACCCAGAAGGUGAGGUUUUCUUGUUUAAUACAGUGGAAAAUAAGAGUUCAGAAUGGGGAACAUCACCAUUUUAUUGGUACUUUUUAAAUGCACUUCCAAAGACAUUGGCCUUAUCAACCUUAUUAUUCUUUGCUGGCAUCUUCUAUGAAGGCAAAAGAGUAGCAGUUUAUAUUGUUCCAGUAUUAGUAUUUGUAGGUCUUUAUUCAAUAUUGCCACAUAAAGAACUUCGUUUCAUCUUUUAUAGUAUUCCAGUAAUCAACAUGGUCUCUUCAUUGGGUGCCUAUCGUUUAACCACUACAGUCAAACUUAACCGAUUCUUUAAACUAAUUGUCAGUCUUGGAAUCGUUGGUAUUAUAGUUGGCAACUUUCUUUUAUCAAUGGGAUUCCUAUAUGUAUCAAGUUUCAAUUAUCCAGGCGGUUAUUCUUUCAUUUCACUUCACAGUCAUUUAGGUAUAACAGAUAGCUCUGGUUUAUUUUUAUUAAAACAAAACAACGACAGCAACCAUCAAAAGUACAAAAUUCACAUCGAUAAUUUAGCAGCAAUUACAGGUGUAUCUAGAUUCGGAGAAGUUGCAACCACUAAUCAAUUUGAAUAUUCUAAAAAAGAAAGAGAUGUUAUUUUAACAGAUUACACACAUAUUAUAGCACCCAAUACAACAUCAACAAAUAAAGGUUUUAUUGAAAUAGAUUCAAUUGAUUCUUACAGUUCAAUUAAAUUUUCAAAAGAAUAUCCAUAUAUUCAAAUUAUUAAUUUACCAUCAUUAUAUAUAAUGGAAAAUGAUAAAUAUAAUAGAAAAUAA